AUGUUCAGCCGAGCAUGGGGCUCGGCCCUUGUGGUUAAAGCGCUAGGGAGGUCUGUUUCUUACAUCCUCAUGGCUAAACGGCUGACGAGCAUAUGGGCUCGGGUGAGCACAAUCCAAGUGACUUCGCUUAAGAAUGGAUACUUCCUUGUUAGAUUUAGUAGCGGGAUUGAUUAUGAGCGAGCAGUGACGGAUGACCCUUGGAUGGUGGGUGACAAUUAUCUGACUGUGCAUCCGUGGACAAAGGAUUUUAACCCGUAUGAAUAUGAGAUCUCUUCGACCCUUGUCUGGGCGAGGCUACUAGAGAUUCCCAUUCAUUACUUUCAUCCUGUGGUUGUGAUGAAGAUCGGGCAGCGUAUUGGGAAGCUUAUUCGAGUGGUUCAAGCAACAAGUACGGGGGCCCGUACCGACUAUGCUCGGGUAUGUGUUCAGGUGGAUCUCACCAAGCCACUACUCUCGAAAUUCUCGUUGCAUGGCAAGAAGUAUUUCAUCCAAUACGAAGGUCUAGAAAUAUUUGUUUGA